AUGGCCCCGGUUUUACACCAGUGCCCUGUUUGCUCCAAUCACUACAAGAUCACACCAGACGGGAAACUUUGCCGUCAUGGUGGAAGGGAAGGCCAGGAAUGCUCGGGUUCGUGGAAAAGGGUGGAUGCACCACAGGUUGUGACCGGUCCGCCUCACGUAGCCGCAUCUAGCGAUAGUCUCAUAAUGGGUGCGUCCGUAUCAGUUUCGGAGAUUCCUACCAGUUUGGAUUACCCUCUUUUUUUUGACAGGAUGACGGCUGUUUUGAAACGCGUACCACUACACGAUCACAUUCCAAAACCAUGUAGAGAAAAAUGUAGCAAUGCACUGCACGAGUUACUGACGGCCGUUUGUUGUGAUUCCGGUGAUCCCGCUCACCGGUGCAGACUUUUUUUGUUUUUUCCAUACGUCCUUCAAAAACCUGCCAGAGGGGGACGCCGGGUCAACCAAGGCAACCAGAUUAACAAGCGCCUGUCCGAAUACUCCACGAUUGAGGUUAAGUCCCUGCUCUCGGGUUUUGAAAACCACAUCAAUGCAAAUCCACGCGGCCACAACCCUGACCGGUGGAUAAAUGCGGUGUCUUUUUGCAUAGAGCAGGGAAACGUUUCAGCAGCCGUGCUCAAGGUCAUAAAGUCUUUUGGAAAUGGCUCGUCCGGAGGUCUCGACGAACUUAAGUUCGCCCUCGACCGAGUGUCUCAUCUUUCCGUCCACGAUGCCCUGACUAUUGUCCGAAGCGCCGAACCAUCUGGCAUUUUAGUGCAACAUGGCAAGCGACCAGACGGUUGUACUCAUACUCCCUGGAGAGCCGGUAAAUGUUUAGCUUGGGAUGUUACGGUUCCUGGUACCUUGGCCGAGCGCUACGUUCACCUUAGCAGCAAAGAGUGUGGUUUGGCUGCAAUCAGGGCAUCGGACGAAAAAAUUGAAAAAUAUGAACACGCCCUGCCUUCCAUAGAUUUUUUGCCAAUAUGUAUCGAGGUCCUUGGACCCAUGGACCCCAAUACUUCAAAAUUUAUUAAAACAUUGUGUAAAAUGAUUGGUGUUCGGUCAGCCCUGAAGUCAUUUAGGAAUGGUUCGUCUGGAGGCCUUGACUGCCUAAGGCCCCAGCACAUUAAAGAUUUAAUUUCAGGCCCACUGCCCAUUGACGAGUUUGUAAGCUCCCUAACACAGUUUAUAAACAUAAUUUUAUCUGGCGCGUGCCCAUCCGCCGCCAGCCGUUUCUUUUUCGGGGAGCUGAAAUUCGCCCUCGACCGAGUGUCUCAUCUUCCGGUCCACGACGCGCUGACCAUCGUCCGCAACGCCCUUAGUUUGCCUAGAUUGAUGUAUUUCCUUCGUACAUCCUUCUCGGUUGAUGCAUCCAUUUUGGGCGGAUUCGAUGGCGCCCUGAGAGAAAACAUGAACGCAGAAAUAGAAGACGCCACUUAA